AUGGAUUAUACAACAACUAGAAGAUUGAAACAGAUUCAAGGACACUUUACAACACCUCAAUCAGGUAGAGUAUUACCACAAUUUCAAGUUGUAAAUAGAACUAAUGUAAAUCUAAUGUCAAUGUGGCAACAGAUGACUACUGGUACUAAAAUAGGAGCCACGUUUAUUCCACCAUUGACUGUAUACUAUCUACUAAGACUAUUAAGGAGAAAGGGUGGUAUUGUCAUUCCACAUCAAGACAUUGAUAUCAUAUUUAGAGAGAUUAGUGGUAAACAAACAAUUGAUAAUGUAAUAAGAUUAGGUAGCAAAAUAAUAGGAUUAAUAGGAUUAUAUGAAAUGUCAAAUAGAAUGCAGACCUAUUUAGGUGUAAAAUUGACGUUUAGUAGAUCCUAUCAAUUGUUGAUGACGAUAUCAUCGAUCUUAGAGACGAUCCUAUUGUUUGUAAAAGUAUCUAAAGGUUGGGGAAUGGUGUUUUUAAUAGUUAGUGCCAUUUAUAGUUUGAUCAAUGGAAGAAUGUUGUAUCUAACACUUGUACAUAAUAAGAAAUUAGAGAGUAUCCUAUCAACUACAAAUAGAUGUGUUAGAGGAGAUUCACUUAGAAAUACACAAGGAGUAUCAAUGAGUAUACCAGGAUUAGGGUUAUGGGGAAGUGUAGUAUCAAUAACACUUUGGAUUUGGUUAAAAGAGGCAAAGAGAUUGGUCAAGAGUACCGGUGGCAUAUUAUCAAUGACAUCGUUUAUGUUGUCUGCGUUGGCAGCCACUCGAGUUGGAUUGCGAGCUGCACUCACUUCAUUCCCGGGGUUGACACCAUACGAGGGAAGUGCAGCCGUACUAGUUGCUAUCAUGUUGGGGUCACUCCCGCUUAUUCCAUCUUGGUCUCGUUCAGAAUGGUCUCGUACACUACUCACUGGUUACCUAUCAAUCAUCUCCUCCAUGUCUGUUAAUACUUAUUUUUCAUGGAAGAGACCAACUGCAAUGUUAUAA